AUGACAAAGAGUACAGAAGAUUGUACAAAAUCAUCAGAAAAAAGACGUAGUAGUAGUCGUUCUACGAACGCACCCUUGCAUUUUGCGGUACAUAAGCCAGGAUGUCACUUCGAGAGUUGCUGUGGAGUUUGCAAUUUGUUCCCGGGAGUGCUGUUAAUCGCCUUCGCACAGGUGUUGGUUGGGUCCGUCCUUUUGACGCUGAUUCUAUCACAUGAAAAGCUGUAUGAUGACAUGCACCAGACAUCACAAUCACAGUUUAUGAGCAUGGCCACUGGGACAGUGCUGAGUGGAGUCAUCGGCGCUGGUGUUUUGUUGAUCAUCGUCGCACUCACUGAGAAUUGUAGAGCUAUGCUGGUAUGG